GCAAUCCUAUAAUAAAAACACCCUCAUCACAAAAACAAAACAAAACAAAACAAAACAAAUUCAACUGCUUCUUUUCUUGAAUCAUCUCCUUCUUUUCCCCCUCGCUUUCACCCUGUCUCAAAGAAAAGAAGCAACUGAAGUGGUUAAUUGUAGUGGUGGGAAGAGUGAUGAAAGCCCUCGCCAGUUCAUAUGCCAGGGUUUUUGCCCACAAGAAUGGAGACGGAUGCUUGUCUUGUCCCAGAGACUUGCUCAGUAGACCAGAAGUUCGAUUUUUGGGUACUCACAGAUGGAUGCUUAAUGUUCGAUUCUCGCAGUAUCUUGUAUCUUUGAGGCGCAGGCCGAUCCACCCGGUUUCAACAUCUUCUUCUUCUCUUUUCCUCAACCCCCAGGCCUGCCUAGACGCUGCAGAAACUCAGACUCAAGAUUUAUAUCAAUCACAUACUGUUCAUGUCAGAUUCAAGUUACAGAAAGAAUGCUUGUUUGGUGAGCGAUUUUUCAUUGUAGGGGAUGAUCCUAUGUUUGGCUUGUGGGACCCAUCAAUUGCUGUUCCCUUGGACUGGUCUGAUGGACAUUUGUGGACUCUGGAGAUGGAUAUACCUAUUGGAAAAUCAAUCCAGUUCAAGUUUAUACUGAAGGGAAGCACUGAGGAGAUCAUUUGGCAGCCUGGUCCCAAUCGAAUCCUUCAGACCUGGGAAACAAAGAACACAAUCACCAUCAUCGAACAUUGGGAAAAUGAUGAAUUUCAGAGGGUCAUAGAGGAAGAACCAGUUCCUAAUGCAAAUGAGGAAUCCAAAUUUGACUCAGAGGCGUCAAUUGUUGCCAAGAAUGUGACUCGUUUCCAGGGGGAAUUUGCUAUUGUUGAUGGCAAUAUUUCACCAUCAGAUAAGCCAAUGACAGAGGCAAGCAAAGAACAAACUGUUCCAGAGCAAAUUACUCACUCACAAGAAAAACCAAUGGCUAUAGUUGCAGAGAAUACCAAUUACCAGAAGCAGGAGCCCUUGGAAAAUGUGAACAAAAAAAUGAGUGAUACAGGGAGCGGUACUUAUCCAAAGGUGGAACCUGAGAACAUUCCUGGAAAUAAUGGCAUGGCAACAACUGUCAAUACUGAGGCAAGCACAGCUGCCGAAGAAAACGUGGAAGGUGGCCCUGUUCUGGUACCUGGCUUGACUCUGUUAUCAAUGGCACCAGCAGAUGAAGAAAACGCAGAUAAAGAUGAGAAAAGCAUUUCCAUUGAUGCUUCGAUUAGAGCUGAUGAAUUUAAAGGUCGCCAUGGGCAAAAGUUGGACGAGAAGCAAGAACCUGAAAGUUCCACACUACCGGAAGAGUUAACUGAGCUGAGCUCCAAUGGGAAGCUAAAGGCAGAGCAUCACAAUGAGCUAGAGCAUGAGCCUCCGGUGGCUGAAGAACAACAGCCAAUUGAUUCACAGCCAAAUGAUAAUGAUGCUUUGCGUAAAGACAUGCAAUGGGGUCGUAAAACUCUGGAGAUGCUCCUUACCAAUCUGGGACUCAUUUAGCAGCAGCUUAGACAACUCCAAGACACUGCCUAAUUUUUUUUCCCCCGCUGGGCCUGCAAAUAUAACAGGAGAGCGAGAGCAAGGUAUCAAUGAUCGAAACUGUUUGUAUGUAUAGAUCCCGUAACUUCAACUUCGUCAUAGAUGUCUUGUAUAUUAUUCUUUGAGUGGUGGGGUUUCGUUUCCUAUUUGAUCUAUACUUACUGUAUGCUGUGACGCCUUUCUCAUGUACUCAACUGGAAGCCAAGCAAUAAAUAAUUCUGCUUUUGAGA